AUGGAAGUUGACAGUACCGGUCGAAUGAGUGCGCCUGGCUUCACGGUCAGCGCACAGCCAACUUCACAAACAUUCGUCACACUCGUGACGACAACCAGCCCAAGUACGACGCAAUUUAUGAUUUCGACUGCAUUUCAGACCGUCACAGUGUCUGCCACAGCGUCUCCAGACUCCCAAGAUAGCAGCGCAGAUCGGGCGUGGAUAGCUGGUGCCGUACUAGGUCCGGUUGUUCUUCUCCUCAUCAUCCUCACAGGAGCCUUCUUUAUCUGGCGGCGGCGCCGACAAGCUGCUUUCCGAGCAUCUAGCUUCACCACAGAAUUGAGUCCAGGAGAGGAGAAAUCACAGAAGCUACCUUCACCACCACGUCACCCAUCAGAGCUGCACGAAGAUACCAUAACGCCGCAGCCUCAAGAAUUGUAUGGCUCGCCGCCAGAAGCUCCAUGGAUCGUCGAAAAGCCAGCAAACCAAGUUCCGGCUCAAGAACUGCCCGCAAACGAGCCUGCGCCUGCAUUUCAGGGAAAUGAUACAUCGAAAGAAAUGUCCCGCAUGGCUUCGCAAUCUCCGGACGAAAUCUCCGCCCGAUGA